UUUAAAGGAUUUCUUCUGCCAUGGAAAAUGACUAUCCAUCUUCUAUGGCUCUUGAUGUUCCCCAUGAAUGUCCUAACUGUGACUGCCAGUCAGAUACUUCCUCACGGCUUUAUUUAUGCUUCUUAUGAGGUGACCACCCCAUGGUUAUUAACUCCAAAACUUGGACAACAGGAACCGCAGAAUGUCACUUAUCUCCUUCAGUUUGAGGGAAAGAAUAUCAUUAUGCAUCUCACACAAAAGAGGGACUUGGUUCCUAAGCAUUUGCCCAUCUUCACCUACAGUCAGGAUGGGGAUCUGCAGCUGGACUAUCCAUUCUUCAGGGAUGAUUGCUACUAUCAUGGUUUUGUGCAGGACAAACAGUCUUCUCUGGUCACCCUCAGUAUUUGCUCAGGAGGACUCAAAGGCAUAUUGCAAUUAGAAAAUAAGACAUAUGAAAUUGAACCAGUACAGGGAUCUACUACCUUUCAACAUGUGAUAUAUCAUUUAGAACAAAAAGAUAGUGCUAUCCAAAUGAGGUGUGGCCUAACACAAGAAGAGCAAAAACAUCAGGAGGCCAUGUUCCAAAACAUAGAGAAUGUAGUUUUCAAAAUUGCAUCCAAAGGAGACUGGUGGCUACGCACUCGAUAUGUAGAGAUUGCUGUUGUGAUUGAACAUGAGCGUUAUUUAAAGUUUGCCAAAAAUGAAACUCUUACUGCUCUACAAGUUCUCGACAUUAUCCAUAUUGCCAAUUCUUUUUAUGAACCUCUUUCUGUUCAAUUGUCUGUAGCUGGACUGGAAAUCUGGUCACAAAAGAACUUCAUAAUGAUUUCUCCUCUCAUAGAUAGCACUCUUCAGGAUUUCACUAACUGGAGAAGAGACUCCUUGGUUAAUCAUUUAAAAAGUGAUGUUGGUCACUUAUUUGCAUAUAAGAGUUUUGAACUUUCACUUGGGUCAGCUUAUGUAGGAACGGUUUGUGAUGAAAGGAUGGGAUCUGCUGUUAUCUCAUCUAAGACUAACAGUUUGUCCAUUAUCAGUAGCAUAUUUGCCCAUGAAUUAGGACAUAAUCUUGGCAUGCAGCAUGAUGAACAAUACUGUAGUUGUGGUAAAGUUGACUGCAUUAUGGCUCCAGUUCAUGAAGUGACUGAUAAAUUUAGCAAUUGUAGUUAUAAUGACUAUUUUCUCACAAUGAACGCUCCAUGCUUGUUAAGUCCUCCGGACCCUGAUAGAAUCUUUAAAAUCAAAUUAUGUGGCAAUGAAGUGGUAGAUAAGGAAGAGCAGUGUGACUGUGGUUCAGAAGCUCAAUGCAAGUUGGAUCCAUGUUGUCAGUCUAAUUGUACAUUCCGUUCUGGUGUCAGUUGUGCUUUUGGGCAAUGCUGUGCUAAGUGUCAAUAUCUUAAGUCUGGAACUCUUUGCAGAAAGAAGACUAGCUAUUGUGAUCUUCCUGAAUACUGCAAUGGGACAUCUGAGUGGUGUCCAGAAGAUGUUUAUGUGCAGGAUGGUGCCCCAUGCAGUGAUGGUGCAUACUGUUAUCAUGGAAACUGCAUGUCUGAAAAUACACAGUGCAAAACAAUUUUUGGCUUCAAUGCAAAAACUGCUACAGAUAAUUGCUUCAGAGAAAUGAAUGCUAAAGGCGAUCGCUUUGGCAAUUGUGGCCUUAAACAUGGAAUUUACCACAAAUGUCAAACCAAGAAUAUCCUGUGUGGCCGUAUCCAGUGUGAAAAUGUGCAAAUCUUACCUUCCUUAGAGGAACACAACACCAUAAUUCAGAUCACCCUUGGCAAUAAGCAGUGCUGGGGUACACACUACCACAGAGGAAUGAAGAUAGCUGAUAUUGGAGCAGUGACAGAUGGCAGUCCUUGUGGCAAAGAUAGGAUGUGCAUUGACAGAAAAUGUGUGAGCGUGUCUCUCUUGAAGUAUGACUGUAAUACCACCAAGUGCCAUAAUCGGGGGAUGUGCAACAAUCGCAAGCAUUGUCACUGUGAUUAUGGCUGGGCGCCCCCAGACUGCCUGAAGAAAGGCCAUGGUGGUAGCAUUGAUAGUGGACCUCCUCGACCAGGCAAACGUUUAAGCACUAUGGCAAAAGCUGGAAUUAUUGGAGGGAUUAUAUAUAUCCUUUCUUCUGCUUUUGUUCUGUUUAGCCUAGGGGUGUAUUUCAAAUAUGGGUUUAUACACUUAUUUAGAAGAUUUAGGGGAAGGCCUGAGCCAACAACCACAGAAGUGAAUGCACUGUAAAUCACAGAAAUGAAGUAUGUCAAAUAUGUGCAGAAGAGGUAAUGGAUAUUAUUAUAUAAAGAUGCAUU